AUGCCUCUUCACUAUCCUCAAGAACCCAAUCAUCCCACGGACUUGUCGAUGCCGCCUCCGCCAGAUAAGAUCAUACAUGUCGAUACUGCGCCCGUUCCCUCAUCCUCCUCAUCUCAUACACAUCAUCCAGACGUCGCGGGUGUACUGAGGAGGAAUCAAGCUUGCUUGCAAUGUAGGAAGAGGAAGUUGGCUCGACCCCAUUGUGCGACUUGCGUCAGAUCAUAUCGACAUCUUCUGAGGACUUCCCCGAAAAGCAACCCAGUACUAUGUUGUGAUUACGAUGAAGGGACGGGAAGUCACCACGAGGAAGGAGAUAAGGGUCAGAAGUCCACGUCGAGCAAAUCACCUGCUCGCAAGCAGGAUCAGGGACCAGAGGAUGAGGAUGGAGGAGGGAAGAAGAAGAGGAAAGCAGGUGGAGAAGGGAAACGUAGGAAGAAGGACGAGGAGUUCGAAGAGGAAAGAGAUAGGUUGACGAAGCAGAUUGAGGAACUCCAAGCUCAAUUGAAGCAGAAUCUCGACCCAACAUCUCACAAACAGAAGCAACCUGCAUCUUCAACCUUGAACCAGAAUCCAUCAUUGCAAGAAACCUUGUCAGCACAAUCUGCACCAUCCCCAACGGCGUUUCUCGAGAUGCUGUCCUCAGCCGCGUCAAAUCAAGUACCCAACGCGUCGUCUAGCAACAACGCUGGAAAAUCUUCGGGUCAGACGGCCAGUGCUAGCACACCAUUUUGGUUGGGUCAAAUGGAUCGAGGUUCAAUAGAUGCUGCUAGUGGAUUUAGACCAAUGUUCAUGUUUGAUCAAAGUGGCCAGCAAUCUGAUGCCUCUGCCAUCCGAGGUGAUCCAUCACCUGACGCUCAAUCUCAAGAGUCUAGGAGGUCGAGUCUCCUCACACCUGGUGGUGGCGACUCAUCUUCUCAAAGUCAGAAUAUUCUUUCGCCCGGAGGGAUAUUCAAUUUUUCACCUGGACCCUCUACCAACCUCAUGUCAAAUUGGCCCCCUCCACCUGAUCCCAUCACAGGUAAUAUCGAGCCGAGCACAAAAGUGGACGGACCAUGGAGAGCUGUCGAAACGAUUGAAACUGUCUAUGCCGCUAGUAUGAUAAAUAACCAGAAUCAAAAUCAGGAUCAACAAAGUUUCAGCCUAGAUACGAAUAUGGAGACGGAGAUCAAUCUCGAUGGUUUACAAGCUGGUUUGGACGCUGCGAUGCAACAGCAAUUGUUGAUGGAUCUUUUCUGGCCUGGCUGGCCAAUAAAUCUUCCAGAACCGAAUGUCGUCAACGACCUGAUCGAAGCCUUCUUCGAUCUCGUACCGAAUUUACCAAGAGUGUUACAUCGAGCCCGAUUCUUAUCGAGAAUGGCUUUACCGCCCACCCAUUCCAACUUCCCUCAUCCUGCUCUGAUCCACGCUGUGUGUGCCGCAGCGGCAGCUUGGUGUUCACCUGAGAUAUACGAAAAAUCAACUAGGGGUAAAGGAAGGGACUUCUUUGAUAGUAAUGCCGGCGCAGGGAUGUACGGGAAUGAUAUACUAGAAGGAAAGGGAUCAAAGGCCAACCUAACAUUUGGUCUGAGACAAGCUAGUUUUGCUAAAGAAGCGGUUCAAGAAGGUCUGAAUACCGGUAAUAGGUUAUUCGAUGUGGUUAGAGCGAUGAUUAUCCUAUGUCGAGUAUUCAUUGAUGACACCAGAAUGUUGGAAUGCUGGGCAUAUGGCGGUCUUGUUGCCCGAAUGCUUCUGCCAUUAGGAUUGAACGUUCGAUCAGCAGAACUCUCUCUCAAAUCAGUUAUGCUCCCGCCUCCUACGGAUGCUCUUGAAAGGGAAGAGAGAAGAGCAGCAGUGUGGAUGGCUUUCUACCACGACACUAUUGCUAGCUCUGCCAGUGGUUGGGGAACAUCAAUGUCGCUUGAUGAACUUACCGUGCCAUUACCGGUGCCCGUCAAAGACUUCGAAAUGGGCUACGAACAGAUGGAUCCUAAUCCUCAAGAUUUAGAAUCUCCAGAUUUCUGGGUCAAACAUCCCGUACCAGACUCUUUCGUUAUGGUCAUCAAAGCCACUGUACUCAUGAAUAGAACGAACAAAUUCGCUCGAAGGUGGAAGAACCGACAUAUGAGAGAUAAUGACGAUUUCGACGGGCUGUACAAACCGGAAUUCAGAGAGAUUGCAAAUGCCAUUGCUUGUUUUCAAAUGAGCUUCCCGCCUAUUAUGAGAAAUGUGGGUAAAUUGACAUCGAAGAGGAGACUUGACAUCGAUCUCAUAGCCGCUCAAAUGCUACCACACGCUGCUAUCAUUUGUCUUCAUGAACCCUUCGCGGAUCUGAAUGAUCCAAGCGAUCAAGCUGCUCGACGUAUGUUAGGUGCUACACAGGCUAUCGUGUCCAUCGUACAGCAGCUCGCGAGUGUCUUUGGCGAAGGUGGUUCAAACUUUACUUCCGUGAUGCACUCUUCCGCUUCAGUGUGUCUGGUCACAUCUGCGAGAACAUCGCUGCUCUUCCUUCGACAUGCUCUUAACAUCGGUGAUAUGGCUGCGGCUCAACUUCAUCGAACAGAUUGCGAGAUGAUCCGUAUGGCGUUGAGUCAAUUCGGCUUGAAAUUCAAGAUUGGUCAUCACCAUUCGCAACUCAUUGAAUACUUCCUCGAUCGAGCGACCAACCCAACAUUUGAGAAGCUACAAGCUCACUAUCCCGACCAUCCUCGAAGCGGAGCACCUGAACUUACACCAACCGCUAAUUUCGGAUUAUGCGUAUCCAACGCUCUGAACAUCAAGAGAGGAUUCUGGCGACUGCCCAAACAGUCUACUUCGACCGGUGCAUCCCCUUUCGGAUCAACUCCAGAAAGUAUGGCAAGUAAUAGUCACGCUUCUAGACCUCAUGCUAGUUCCAGCUCGAGUGUCAGCCAACAUUUUUCCGAUCACGAUUCACCGAAACAUCCUUUGGAAACUCCUGGCCUGAGAGGUCAGACGCAACCACCCUUACAUAGCAAUGCAAGCGGCACGGAAGCUAUGGAUACUGAUCCUGUCGAUCACUUCAAAGAUUUCACUCCUUGUGUACCUGCUCGACCUUCUGCGACUACAUCAAAGAGCGAUCAACAAUCUACAUUAUCCGAAACGGGGUGA